AUGAACGUUGGGGCAUCGGGCUGUUGGACUCGUGACCUAGGUGGGGCCGGUUCGGAUGAUUCGGUCGCAGCCGGCAAUUUCAUAGACCGCGACUUCACCUUUCCCGCAGCCGAUUUCGACGGAAUAGUCGACGGAGAUAUCGAUGGGGCCGUUGAAGAUGGAGAAGUAGUUGGUGGCGUUUGGGUGGCGGUGGAGUAUUCAGGCGAAGGGUUUACCGGAUUGGAGGCGGAGGACGGUGGUUCUUUCAGCGGCGAUGGGUUCGCCGAUUUCGACGCCGACGGCAAGGUAGGUGGCGAUUUUGGCAGCGACUCGUCGUUGGACCUCGGGGGUGACUUGGAUUUGAAAGACAUCCUCUUGAUUCUCACCAUAAUUCUCGCUCAAUCUCAGAUUUUCGAAACAAGAAAGCAGAUGACCUCGGGCUUCAAUUUCGCUCAGUGGUGUCUCCGAUUAUUCUUCGAUUUCGAAAUAGGGUCGUGA